CCCAACCCUACCAUUACCUUCUUCUCAACAGCGAUUCCAUUCCUUUACAAAUACCCCACCCCUCGCCCUCCUCUCCCUUUCUCAAAAUAUUUAACCAAAAGCAACCCCCCGCUUCUUUCCUUUUCCUUCAUUUCCCUUCCUCCCUCUUUCUUUCUCUUCUUCAUUUACGUAUGUAUGAAAAAGAGGUUUCAGGAAAUGGGCAAGUACAUGAGGAAAGCUAAGACCACAAGCGAUGUAGCCGUCAUGGACUUGACUCUCGGUGUCCGUACACGAGCCAGAACCCUAGCUCUCAAGAAACAACAAGGGGUCAAAGCCUCUCCUCCAUCGUCUCCGGCUGGUUACCUCCAGCUUCGCAGCCGCCGUCUCGAGAAGAAACCGCCCCCAAUCCCGUCAUUGCAUCAUGAUUCUCCCAGAAGGCAGCAUCAUAGGCAGGGUGGUCAGAAUAGUAGUAAAUUGGGUCAGCAGCAUCAGCAAGAAGAAGAAGAAAGCCCUAGCCCUAAUCUGAAAUCAAGUUCGGGGUCGGGUCAAGAGAAAGAAUUGGGAGAGAGUAAAGUGGACGGUAGAGAAGUUGAAGAGAAUAAUAACAGCAACAGUAAAGACUUGGCUUCUUUUGGAGAUAAUGUUUUGGAUAUUGAAGGUAGAGAUAGGAGCACUAGGGAAUCGACUCCUUGCAAUUUAACAAGAGACACAGAAGAUGCAAGAACCCCUGGUUCUACUACUAAGCCUGCAAACCCAACUGAAAGUAGCAGGAGGUUACGUAACUCAACUCGAAGGCACAUCCCAACGGCCCAUGAAAUGGAUGAGUUCUUUGGCCCGGCUGAAGAAGAGCAGCUAAGGCAGUUUACUGAGAAGUAUAACUUUGACCCCGUUAGUGACAAGCCUCUCCAUGGACGUUAUGAAUGGGAGAAAUUGGAUCGUUAGAAGACAUUAGCGUCCCAUCAGGACAUUUCCUGCAAAUUAACGGAUGAUGUCAUGCUUACCAUUGUAGAAGUAGCAGGAAUUAGUAGUGGUGUUCAAACGACGGUGGUGGUGGUGUUAUUUCCAUUUUCCAUCGCCUGUUCUUUUAGUUGUAAAGAAAGUAGGUUUGUCAAGCAUGUGUAGGCUAAUGGUCUGUAACAUAACAGGGGGUUAUGGGGGGGUUACUCAACAAAAUACAAACCAAAGUCCUAUGUCUAACAGAUCAUCUGAGAGGGGAAGUGAAAAAGAUGUAGAUGUUAGGCUUCAGUGAAGUAGGUCAGUCUCCCUGGUACAGAAAUUUACUAGAUUUUCUUUUUCCCUUAGUACUGUAUUUUCCUCCCCUCAUGUACUGAUGCAACUUCUAAAAACUCUCUGGAAUAAGCAUAUGAUCCUUUCCCCCUCUUUA